GGCCGCGCCGCGAGGCUUGCGGAAUCUUAGUUCCCAGACCAGGUACUGAUCCCUACCCUCGGCAGUGAAAGCGCGGAGUCCUAACCCCUGGAUCUCCAAGAGACCGAAUUCCUUGCAGAGUUUGGGGACAGCAGCGACCCCCCCAGCGGGCAGCCGGGCCGCAGAGGACAGACUAUAGGAAAGGAAGGCGGCGGCGCGUCUGGGGGCCUCGGGGUAGGUGAGCUGGAGCCCUCUGCCCAUCACGUGAAGCACAAAAUCCUACUGAAAACAGAUCUAAUUGGGGCUGCCCCAGUCUUCCUGGACCCCCUCCGGUCUUGUCUCACCUGCUUACCUAGCUUGACCAGCCCCACAGUCUUCGGAAUCGGUGCCAUCCCCGUCAACAGUGACCCGAAAGUGAAAGUGUCAUUCGACACCGGCCGAAGGGCAGAGUAGGACAGAGUAGGCAGCCAUCUUUGUUGGGGGCAGAAGCCUCCGCUUACGGAGCGCGAGAGAGUGCAUGACGGUCCCGGCGGCUCCCGGGCCGGAGACGACGGCUCCGGGGAUGGGGCGGAGCCCCGGCUACGGCAGGCGUUGGGCAGUACGGGGAGGUGGGAAUCGUUAGCUUCGUUCCGGACAAGCUGUCCCAUGGCCCAAGCGUCUCGCUCUGGUGGCCUUCUGCCUCCGCUGGCUACCGUGCCGCCGUUACGGGCGCAGGCCGGGGGCGCUGAGGAGGAGCAGUGGCAGAGAAAGCGGGCAGGCGCUCUCCGCCGGGACGUUCGUGGCUGGCUGCGGCUGCCGGUUGCCCGAAGCAUCCCCUGCCUGGACCCACGGCCCGGCGGAGCUCCGAGAGGGCAGCCGUGGUGUGCGGUGCCGGCGGACGCAGGAGAGCACCGUGAGGCUGGCGCUGUGGACUGGGGGCGGGAGCCGGCAGCUGGCGGCCCGACCCCUCCAGCGCUGCAGCGUCUCCGGGCGGUGUUGCUUCGGCUGCACCACGAGCGGCAGGAGCUUCUCCACGCACAGGACUGCGCUCGCCACCUACAGGCGACCGUGCGCCUCCUGAGGAUCCUGAGUCCCGGCGCUCCAUCCCCCAGCCACUUGCCUCAGCUGUGCAGCGACCUGUUGGGGCACUCUUCCGGAGGCGCGGUCGUGCGAAACGGCCUUCAGGAGACACCCGAGCCGCUACUCCUGGCACGAUCCGUCGGACUAGCCGCCCAGCGCCUGGAUGCUACUAUCGAGAUGCAGCUUCGGGCUCUGGGCCAGGCGCCCGCCAGCCCGGGCCUAUCGUCCCAAAUCGCCGACCUGCUGCUGGCACUUCCCGCCUACCACCAGCUGCAGGGAAAAGCCUUGAGCUACGUUCCAGGGGCAGCGCGCCCUUAUCCCCCGGCCCGUGUGCUCCGCCUCCUGACGGGGGAGCGGGGUUGCCAGGUGGCAGGUUGGCUGGAUGAGGCGCUCAGGGGAUCUGACUUGAGGGACCAGCUCCGCAGGCGGUGCCAAGAGGAGCGGGAGCUGCUGCCAGGGCUACUGGGCCUGAUGGGGGGCGUGACGGGUUCAGCCAGCAGUGGACUGGGGCUUGGAGGGGCUGGGGCCCUGUGGAGCCAGUACUGGACCAUGCUGUGGGCAGCCUGUGCUCAGAGUCUGGACCUAAGUCUAGGACCCUGGAGGGACCCCAGGGCAGCGGCACAACAGCUGAGUCAGGCACUGGGUCAGGCAUCACUGCCUCAGGAGUGUGAGAAGGAGCUGGCUUCUUUGUGUCACAACCUAAUUCAUCAGUCUCUUAUCUGGAGCUGGGAUCAAGGCUUCUGCCAGGCCUUGGCAUCUGCUAGUGGAAAUCAGAGCAGCCUUCCCUCAUCCUCUCAUACCACUGAACUUUUGCAACAGCUCUUCCCUCCUCUCUUGGAUGCCCUUCGAGAACCCAGGUCAGGACUGCUCCUCUGCCGGCCUCCAGGUCCUGCCCCCCUUGCCCUGGGGCUCUGUACCCUGCAGACCAUCUUGCUCUGGUUUUGGGGCAGAACUCAGCAGCAUCUGGCAGCGUGGGCCCCAGGUUCCUUCCUGCUCCUGAUCCAGAAGGAUUUACCUCCUUUAUUAUAUGAGGCAGAAGCUUUGUCUAGCCUGGCCUCAGAGGAAAGCUUGGCCCUGGAGGUGGAGCAGCAGCUGGGCCUGGAGAUCCAGAAGCUGACUGCACAGAUCCAGCUCCUGCCUGAAGAGUCACUAAAUUUCUUUUUUCAAGAAUGUCAUAAACGAGCCACACAGGACUUCGAACUCCACAUGCCACGGGGUCGGUACUGGCGGCAUCGCCUCUGUCCUGAACUUCCCAGCAUUCCUAGUGAGUAUGCUGGGUUGGUGGUCCGCAGGGUACUGGAGCCUGUGUUGCAAGGACUGCAAGGACUGCCACAGCAAGCCCAGGCCCCUGCCCUCAGCCUGGUGCUGACUGCCAUCCUGGGUGCCUGGCUUGACCACAUCCUCACCCACGGGAUCCGGUUCAGCCUGCAGGGGGCGCUGCAGCUCAGACAAGACUUUGGAGUGGUCAGGGAGUUGCUGGAGGAGGAGCAGUGGGGCCUGUCCCCAGAACUUCGCCAGACUCUGUUCACGCUCAGCAUCUUCCAGCGGCUGGAUGGGGCCCUGCUGUGUCUGUUGCAGCAGCCCCUGCCCAAGACUCAAGUCCACAGGGGGCCUCCCUGUUGCUGUGCAUGUAAUGAGGUCCAGACCAUGGAAUUGCCCAGCAGCAGCCUCAACAGCCUGGAGAGCUUGGAGCCCCCUCUUCGACCUGGAGCACUCCCAGCCCAGACAGCUCAGCUGCUAAGCACACUGUGGGGAGAAGGACCUAGUCCUGAGGCUUACCUGGUAGGAAAUCAGCAGGCCUGGCUUGCCCUGAGGCAGCACCAGCAUCCCCGCAGGCACUUACCUUUUCUUUCCUGCCUGAGGACCAGUUCUGAAUCCUAAGGACCCUAAUC